ACACAGCAACUCGAUACUGCACGUGUGCAUUCUGCAGACUUUACCUCGCAAGUCUAAUUGUCCUAAAAUGGCUUCGAUACAACUAGGUGAAGGUGAAAAAACGUUUAUAAUACAUGGAAUCUGCAAGGAUGACUUGCGCUCAGAUGGAAGAACAUGUCUGUCAUAUCGAAACUUUGAAUUGGAAUGUGGAGUAGUGUCCAACACAAGUGGCUCUGCAAGAUUGAAGCUAUCAAACACACAAGUCUUAGUUGGAGUGAAGGCUGAAAUGGGACCGCCUAAUCCAUUGAAUCCAUCCCGAGGUGGGAUAGAAUUCUUUGUAGACUUCUCAGCUAAUGCAUCUCCAAAGUUCGCAGGGCGGGGCGGAGAUGAGCUGGCAGCCGAGAUAUCCAACAUGCUUGGGCUCGUCUACAAAAAUAAAAAGAUGCUGGACUAUAAAUCCCUGUGUGUAAUAGCAGGUCAGUGUGUUUGGACUCUCUAUGCUGACAUUGUUGUGCUGGAAUGUGGAGGAAACCUCUUGGAUGCUAUCGCUCUGGCAGUCAAAGCAGCCCUCUAUAAUACAAGGAUACCUUUGGUGACAGUACAUAAAGACAUGGAUGGUACGGAAGACAUUGAUGUAUCCAGUAACCCACACGACUUUGUCACUUUGGAUACCAAGAAUCUGCCUGUACUUGUUACAGUCACUACGGUUGGCUCCGGUCACAUCGUGGAUGCGACGCUGGAAGAAGAAGCAUGCAGCAUGGCUUGCAUAGUUGCAGCUGUCAACAAAGAGGGCGCUAUUGAUGGCAUGGUGAAGAAAGGUUCUGGAAGUCUGACAAUAGACAGUAUCUAUAAGAUGCUCACUUCAGCCAAGCAGAUAGGGAAGGACCUGAACAAAAGCCUGGAUGAUUUCCUCUCAAAGAAAGGAAGUGACAUGUCUAGCAAGGGAUUCCUCACAUGAUGAAAGCUCAUUAUUUGAACUUUGAACUUUGAACUCUUGUGUCAAGAGCAAAUGUAUAGAGUACUGAUCCACCGCUGCCUAAAGCUGCAAGGGUCAUGAAAAACUCUGAAAUUUAAGAUCUGUUCGACAGUUGGUGGGCAGGUUCUCCAGGCCUCGGCAGUAAUGUAUUCUUGUAAUGCAUCCACACCACUUCCAAGACACAAGAUGAUUAUACUAUGAAGAUUUUUAUCUUUUUCUCACAAGGAAAUAUGUAUGAUAUUGUGGCUUGUCAUCAUUACAGUCACUGGAGAACCUGGCAGUCAUGACACAGGACAUCUUAUGUUCCAGGACUGUCGAGUCCCGUGGACCAUGUCCAUUCCUGUACUUCACACUGGAUUUUGGGAAUGAGAUCAUGAACUUUUAAGUGAAAGAACACUUCCCAUCUCCCUCUCCAUUUUGACAGUUAAAGAAAACGAAUGCAAUACAAUGUGUUCUGUAUUAGAAGUUUGUGAUGAAGAUGUUCAUGACUGUUCAAAUAAUAUCUAAUUAAGGAUGUAAUUCUCAUCAUCUCAGUUCAAACUCCAUGUUUCUUGUAACGGUAGUCUAUUUUUAGUAAUUGUGCCUUCAUCACACUGAACAUAGUUCUUCUAAAAAGGGGAAAACGUUUUAGAUGGCUACAAAUAUAAGAAUAGAUGUUCGAAUUGGUCAUAAAAUAUUAUGAUUUUGCAACUACUACCAUACUUUUCGAUCAAUACUUUUGUUGUCAGAAGACCAUAUUACCAUAUUUUCCAUGGAGUAGUUGCCUUCAAGGUUUAUUUCCAGAUAUGAUAUUAAACUUGAUGAAACAGUAAUAGCCAUCUAUGUAUGGGAUACUUUUUUUGUUAUACAAAUGUGUCUUAAACUUAAAGGUAUUACAGUGUUGAGUACUGGUCAAAGUCUUGAAUAUGAUUAAAAUGAUCUUUCCUGUUGGUUUUUCAAGAGUUUUGAAAGCAAUAAAAGUAUUUGUAAUACAUGGUCACAUUUCAAUUGAUAUUUUUUUUUGGAUUAUCAUUGGAAAAA